AAUUUUCAAUAAGCGUUCCCAGAGUUUUCUAAAAAUUCUAAGUAAUAAGAUGCUAAAACUAAGUUAAUGUUGUUCAGGACCAGAUUAUUACUUGCAAAGUCAUAAUCAAAAAUUUUAUACUGUGGUUAGGUUGAUUUUUCUAACAAAAUAGUUUGACAUUACGUUUUCAACCUUCAUAUCAGAAAAUUACAAACUAAUAAAAUUUGUAAAUUUAACACCAAAUUCACUCAUAAGAAUAGAUUUUCAGCAACAAAAACGCCAAAAAAGUUAACCUAACUAGUUUUAUACUUGAGGCAUGUGGUAUCAAAUGGAAAAUAGCAUUUUCGGUUAUGUUCAUAUGAUUGUGUAUAUAGGAAUUAUUGAACUAAAUUUUUGUUUGUGUUGAAUAAUAGUGUUGUGAGAUUGUUUUAUCCAACAUAUAAAAUAUAUGAAGUAAGAUACUAGAAGUAAAUAACAUUCCCAUGAAAAUAUAUUAGUGUUGCAUCAAUUUUUAUGGGUCUUUGUUUCAGUAACUGCAGUUCAGAUGGAACUUACGAUGAGGAAAGCAAACUAUGCCAGCCUCAAUCAUUAGUCAACUCUGUCUCUUUCACAAAUAUUUUGUCCUCAUCUAAAAGAGAACAAAUCGGUACUGUAAAGGCCAGUAACUUGCCUCCCUUAGUUAAUAAGAGAAUUAGAAGAAGCACAAUGGCUGCCAUGUUUCCAUCAAUGAACUACCUGAAGACAAUAGUGAGCAAAAAUAGGAACAGGCACAGAGAACAAGGAUUUGAUCUAGAUUUGACUUAUAUAACUGACAGAAUCAUAGCAAUGGCUUAUCCUGCUGAACGAGUGCAAUCAAUAUUCAGGAACCAUCUCAAUGACGUUUACGAUUUUUUAGAGCUGAAACAUAAAGACCACUACUAUAUAUACAAUUUAUGUUCUGAAAGAUCUUACGACAAGGCCAAAUUUUGCAAUAGAGUUAAGGUUUAUCCGUUCGAUGACCAUAACCCGCCGAGUUUCGUUAUAAUAAAAUCUUUCUGCGAGGAUGUCCACCAGUGGCUGCAAGCGGAUCCCAAAAAUGUGAUAGCAAUCCAUUGUAAGGCUGGUAAAGGAAGAACAGGUACAAUGAUUUGCUGUUACCUGUUACACUGUGGUUUGUACAGUAAUGCAGAAGAAGCACUGAAAUUUUACGGAUUAAUGCGAACUCAGGAUGGUCAAGGUGUCACGAUACCUAGUCAAAUAAGGUAUGUGAAAUAUUAUGCACAAUUCCUUAAAGAGAAAUUGACUUAUAUUCAGAGGUGUCUGUUCAUAAAGAAAAUCCAUUUGAAGCCGGCACCCAAGUUUUCCGAACCUGUGUUGGUAACAGUAAAACAAAAGACAAUAUUAGAGACUCCUAGGAAUACUAAAAUAAGCUCUAAAGAAGCACGAGGUGACUGUAAAAAAAAUGAUGAACCCAGUGACGUUGGAGAAUGUUCGAGGACUGAGGACAAUUACGAAGGAAAAUACCACGAAAUGACUUUAGGAUUCAAAAGCCGCACUUUCAACUUUCGUCCAAGUGAUCCAGAAGUUUUACUAGAUUUUAAAGUUCUUUCAUCGUUCAAUGGUGAUGUGAGAAUCGAGUUAUUCUACAGAUCGCCGGUCUUCACGAAAAAGAAGAGAUUCGCUAGAAUUUGGUUUAAUACGUUCUUCGCCGCAUUGAACGGGAUCACCAAGGAAGACAACAACAAGAGAAUACUAACAUUCAAGAAGCACGAAUUGGAUAUUGUCGGAAAAAAGGAUAAAAAUAACAGGCAAUUAUCCGAAGAUUUCGAAUUGACAGUAGAAAUAAAAUUACCGUCUCACGACGAAGAGACCAGAGAUUCGUUGGACGGUUCGAUAAGAGACUCCCAAACUCCUCUAUACGAAGAUAGCUCCGGAGCGGAAGAUGAUUCUGAUGAUGAUAAUGAUUGGGAAUCCGGUAAGUCUCGAUUACCUUUGUCAACGUAUGAAGAUUCGGAAGUACUUCUUAAAGAUGAAAAAUCAAAAAGCAAUAGACAAUCCAAUUCAUCAACAGAAGAGAAAAUUUUUCCUAAAAGUAAAAAACAGAUUGGUAGUCCUGUUAGUUCGAGUAUAUCGUUCAUUAGUUCUAAUGUUUCAUGUAGCUCUUGUGAAAAUUCCAUAAAAAGUUUGAAGUCCAACCAGAAAUCCUGUAUUAGAAAGACCUUUAAGGAAGGGACUGAUGAGAUCGCGAAACAUAGUCCUAGUAUUACGUCGAGUAGUUCAGAUGUAGCGAACAAUAUGUCUACGAAGACGGCUAUAUAUGUUGGGAAAAAAAGAGAGCAAGCACAAAAUAUAAAUUAUUCUAGCUAUUUAGAAUUAAGUAUACCCUCUAAGUCAAAAGUUAUUCGUAGUAAAUCAGCAACAAAUGUUUUUAGCAUCUCAGAGUCCCUUUCUGUCGUAAACAUUGAAGGAAUCAACAAAUCAAGAAGUGGAACACUUAUUGCGACUAGAGAAAUUAUUGAUCUCCCAUUGGCUGUAUCGGAUGUAGGUCCUAGUAGCUCAACUAUAGAUAUUGCUAGCAGUACUGCAGAUGCCAAAGUAACAAAUAUAAAAGGAAGUGCAGGCUUUUUUAAAUCUUUCACAAAAAAGUUCUCUAAUAGAAAAUAAACAGGAAAAAAAAGCGAGGAAUUUUGUGUGAUACUUUUUUUAUAUGUGUUAUCUGGAUGGAGUACAUUUCGGAAAUAAAUUUGAAACAAAUCAAAUACUCAGUUUAUAAGAUUUAUUGAUGUAAAUCACUUUUGUCAAAAUAGAAAAAUAUGUGAUAAAACUCAUGUUCCUUCUGCACAAUUAUUUUGUUAGAAGAUUUCUCAGAAAUUUUAAAGUAAUUUAUUUGUUUUUUUUUUUAGAUUUAUACACGUCAGUAGUUUUUCUAGCAUAUUUCAUGAUCUACAAUUACUUCAAGUUCCUUUAUCUUAUGUUGUUUUGAUUAUUUGCUAUUUUCCCAGGAAUAGUUCCGAAAACAAAAAAUCUUUCAAUAAAUUGAGAAUUUUAUCUGCGUGAAGAAGUGUACCUGCAUUUAAAAUAUUUUUAAAACUAGAAAUAAGUUGAGAUGGAAAAAAAGACUAGGUGGAAAGUUCCACCCAAUUGAUUUCAAUGAAAUGAAUAGACUGCCUUAUAUUGAGAAGAAGAUUCUGAAAAGUAUUAUUUUAUCAGAAUCACUUAUUUUUCAUGUGCACAAUGAAGUAAUAGCUCCAUAAACAUGUAUUUUUAGAAAUGAAGUGUUCAAGUUAAACUUGUUAUGAAAUGUAAUGAUUGAGUACAAAAUUUGUUAAUGAUUAUUUUGGAAUCUCUGUAAUAAAGUUUCUAUUCAGCAA